CAACAUCCGACUUCAGUACCAUCUCAACCGUGACACAAACAACACGUGCGCAUAACUACGUAUUUUAUAUGAAUCAGAAUGUUACGAAACAAAAAAUUCAUAUACGGACCUACGGAUAUCGAAGUUCCUUCGCAUUUACAUCUAGGACACUAUAUGUUGGAUAGAUUAAUGGAUUUCCAGGAAGGAAAAAUCAUAAAUGGCCAAACCCACGAGACUACGACCUUAGGACAAAUAGCCCAGCAGUCCAUGAAUCUAGCUGUCUCCCUCACUCACAUGGGGGUUAGAAAAGGAGAUGUAGUAGGAUUGUGCUCAGAGAAUCGCAUCGAGUUUUGGAGUUCAGUUAUAGGGGCUAUACUGUCUGGAGCUGUUUUGACUACUAUCAAUAUGAACUAUACAAAAGGUGAAAUAACCCACGUAUUAGGAAUAUCAAAGCCAAAAUUCAUCAUCUGCUCCGAAACCGCCUUCAAAAUCCACGAAAAAACCUUCAAAUCUCUACGUUAUAUUAAAAAAAUAAUUGUCUACGGUGACAACCCUAAAGAGGUGUCAUACAAUGACUUGAUUCUCAAGAAAAAUGUGAAUUUUGAUGAUUUUUUGGCCACUGAUGUACACGGACAAGAAGAUUUGGCAUUUAUUUUAUAUUCUUCGGGGACGACCGGGCUGCCGAAAGGUGUCAUGUUGACGCAUCUGAAUUGUUUGAAUACUUUUUGCCAUCCCAGAGUGGAGCCUCCAUUCGAACCCAUAGUCCUUACCGUGAACCCAUGGUUCCACGCCAUGGGACUCAUGGCCGGUCUCAUGGGGUUCUCACAGGGAAGGACCAUUGUGUUCCUGCCGAGGUUCGAGAUGGACCUGUAUUUGAGAACUAUUGAGAAAUAUAAGGUGACGGUAGCACAAGUGGUGCCCCCUAUACUAGUGGCGUUAACGAAGACUGAUAUCAAAUACGACGUCAGCUCAGUCAUGAUGGUUUACUGCGGCGCUGCGCCAUUGAGCAGUGAAGUUAGCAAUGCAAUACAAAAAAUUUUCCCAAACGCAAUGCCAGUUCUCCAAGCCUACGGCAUGACGGAAUGCACCCUGGCCAUCACCAGGAACGUGAACAUCUUCCAAGCCAUGCCAGGGUGUGUAGGUGAAGCUACAUAUACCGUUGUCGUUAAGGUCAUAGACCUAGAAACUAAGGAGCCCCUAGGACCUAACAAACCAGGCGAGGUCUGCGUAAAAGGAGGUGUGGUCAUGAAAGGAUACGUCGGCAAAGACCGAAAGGAAGAUUUUGAUGGUGAAGGUUUCUUCAGGACUGGAGACGUGGCGUAUUAUGAUGAAGAGGGGAAUUUCUAUAUCGUGGAUCGACUUAAGGAGCUUAUCAAGUAUAAGGGAUUUCAGGUGGCUCCAGCAGAAAUCGAAGCAGUUCUGCUCCAGCAUCCAGCAGUUCGAGAUGCAGGUGUAGUGGGGGUGCCUGAUGCCCAGGCGGGGGAGGUGCCACGCGCGUUUGUAGCGCUGCAACCUACUGCUAAAGCUACAGCUGAAGAGCUGCAAGCUUUCGUCGCUGAGAAGCUCUCGAAACCGAAACACCUGCGAGGCGGCGUACGAUUUGUGCCGGAUAUCCCCAAGAACCCUAGCGGCAAAAUCAUGCGCAGGGAGCUGCGCAAACUAGCACAAGAAAAAAGCAAGCUUUAAGAGCGCUCUCACAUUGUCCAAUCCGAUAUCGGACUGCGCCUGAACCAGUGAACCACAUUAUGUUUAAAUAAAUAAAUACGUAGUUAUUUAAUAAGUUUGUGUGUACCUACAGUUGUAAGAUUAAAUGUGUUACUAACUAUAUUGAUCCUUACCAUUAUCAUAACAUGCUUUCUUAAGAUACAAAAAUGGUAAGGUAAGGGGGGUAAGGGUUUCAUGUGUCAUUUGUGUACCUACCUAUAGUUUUAUGUACUUGGUAUACCUGUAAGAGCUCCUCUGCAUGAUGGCCCAUCGUACGCCAAUGUAAGGGACGCAGCUAUGCAGUGGAAUGAGAUAGCAAUACUUAUCA